AUGGUGUCCGACGAUAUUGUUACGCGGGAGCUCGAGAAUCCAAUGGACGUCGCCGAGUACCUUUUUCGGCGUCUGCACGAGGUCGGUAUUCGUGCGGUGCACGGCGUGCCGGGCGACUACAAUCUCGCUGCAUUGGACUACCUGCCCAAGUGCGGUCUCGACUGGGUGGGGAACUGUAAUGAGCUCAAUGCGGGUUAUGCGGCCGAUGGCUACGCGCGUGUGAAGGGCAUCAGUGCUCUGAUCACUACAUUUGGCGUCGGAGAGUUGUCAGCCUUGAACGCCAUCGCAGGUGCAUACUCUGAAUUUGUCCCCAUCAUCCACAUCGUUGGUCAGCCAACUACCCAGUCGCAGAAGAAUGGGAUGCUGCUGCACCACACCCUCGGCAAUGGCGAUUUCAAUGUCUUUAACCGUAUGAGUGCGGCAAUCUCCUGCUACGUUGCCCGCCUUGAGGACCCCCGCGAUGCGGCGACUCUUAUCGACAGCGCAAUUCGUGAGUGCUGGGUCCGUAGUCGUCCAGUCUACGUGACUCUCCCCACCGAUAUGAUUGCCUCCAAGGUCAAUGGCAACCGCCUGAAGCAGCCAAUUGACCUGUCAUUGCCCGGUAAUGACCCUGAGAAGGAGGACUACGUUGUUGAUGUGGUUCUGAAGUAUCUCCAUGCCGCCAAGAACCCUGUUAUCCUGGUUGAUGCCUGUGCCAUUCGCCACCGUGUUCUGGACGAGGUCCAUGAUCUGGUCGAGGCCUCUGGCCUACCCACCUUCGUGGCACCAAUGGGCAAGGGCGCAGUGAAUGAGGCACACAAGAAUUUCGGCGGUGUCUACGCUGGAAAUGGAUCCAACCCGGGCGUAAGCGAGGUGAUCGAGUCAUCAGAUCUCAUUCUCAGCAUUGGCGCCAUUAAGUCCGACUUUAAUACGACCGGAUUCACGUAUCGCAUUGGCCAGCUGAACACCAUCGAUUUCCACAGCACCUACGUGCGCGUGCGGUAUUCCGAGUACCCCGAUGUCCACAUGAAGGGUGUGCUCCGUAAGGUUGUUCAGCGUAUGGGCAAGCUCAACCUUUCGCCAAUUCCCCAUAUCACCAACAAGGUCCCCGAAAGUGAGCAGACUUCAAGCCAGACCAUCACUCACGCCUGGCUCUGGCCGACUGUUGGCCAGUGGCUCAAGGAGAACGACGUGGUCAUUACGGAGACAGGUACUGCCAACUUCGGCAUCUGGGAUACUCGCUUCCCUGCCAAUGUCACCGCACUUAGCCAGGUGCUUUGGGGGAGUAUUGGGUAUUCAAUGGGCGCUUGCCAGGGUGCUGCGCUGGCUGCCAAGGAACAAAACAAUCGCCGCACGAUCUUGUUUAUUGGAGACGGCAGCACCCAGUUGACGGUGCAGGAGCUCAGCACGAUGCUUCGGAAUAAGCUGAACCCCAUUAUAUUUGUGAUCUGCAAUGAGGGUUACACCAUUGAGCGAUACAUCCACGGAUGGGAGGCGGGCUACAACGACAUCCAGCCCUGGGACUAUGCCAAUAUCCCCAAGGUUUUCGGCGGCCAGGAUGCGUACAAGAGCUACCGCAUCAAGACCAGAGAUGAGCUGACCAAGCUCUUUGCCAACAAGGAUUUCAGCACCCCCAACCAACUCCAGCUGGUCGAGCUGUACAUGCCUCGCAACGAUGCUCCCGCUGGGUUGAAGCUGACCGCCGAGGCCGCAGCUGAGCGCAACAAAUAA